UGGGCGUGAGCGACAGGCGUUCGGAGGGGCUCUACCUUUUCGAGAACGGGCAGCGCGUGUCCUUCUUCGCCUGGCACCGCGCACCCAGCCCGGAGCCCGGCGCCCAUCCUAGCGCGGCAUCCCAUCCGCUCAGCCCGGAUCAGCCCAAUGGCGGCGCCCUGGAGAACUGCGUGGCGCAGGCCUCAGACGACGGUUCUUGGUGGGACCACGACUGUGAGCGGCGCCUCUACUUCGUCUGCGAGUUCCCCUUCUAGAGAGCCGGUCCUUGCCCCAGGGCAAGCACACAUUCUGCACCGCGCACCCUACUGUCUGCGGUCGCUCAGAGCUUCACAAUAACCCACGAAUAAAUUUCAACAAGAA